UUUCCGAUCUCUCUCACUCUCUCACUCCGAGCGAUUCUCCGAUCCCUCCCUCACUCCGAGCGGCGUGGAGAUUCGCUGAUACCUUCCUCACUCCGAGCGGCGUGGCGAUUCUCAGAUCUCUCCCUUCCUCCGACUCGAUUCUCCAAUGUCUAUCUCGUUCUGGUUGAUAAGCGUGUCACUGAUGCAGACCUAAUACAUUUAGUCUCGUAUAAAGUGUUCCAACCAGAAAAUGUUUGGAAACUUCAUGACUUGCAGGUCCCUUGUGGAACACUUGGCCUAUCCACUGCCACUGUCAAACUUACUGAUGCUGAUGGGGAGGAGCAUAUCGUCUGUGUUGUAGGAAUUGGUCCACUCGAUUUCGCAUACAAAGCAGUUGAUCUCGUCAUAAAGCAAAAAGUGCUCUAUGGUCCUGUAGCAAUCAAGGGCUACCCUGGUGCUCAUGAGUUCCUCCUUCUGGAUAAAGAUUGCGAUAACAAAGAAUUAAUCAAGAGAACUACUCAAGGUGAUAAGGCUGGAUAACCUAUUUCCCCAUUGGCCAUGACUGUAAGUUGAAAGAAUAGAUGUGUGUGGUUCUGUUUGCUUCUUUAUUUGAUAAUGUACUCUGCAGAAUCUAAAUACAGAUGAGCAUGGCUACCUGCUA